AUGUGUUACUGGUAUCAGCGGCUGGUAGCGGUAGCUGUCUCCUUCGCAGGACCGAAGGCCGCGGAGGAGUCACCUGAGGCGGCCUCGAAGGAGGAGACGCCGGCAGUGAAAGAGGGCAGCCCGGAGGUUGGCGCGGAGGCUGCUGUGGAAGCCGGUGAGGCUUCCAAAGAGAGUGCUGAGGGCACCAGCGCGGCUCCAGAUGCAGAGCCCAAACCAGCGGAGCCAGCAGCAGAGUCAGCAGGGGCAACAGAGGAAACAGAGGCCGUGGCCGACAGCUCAGCAGAUCCAGCCAAAGGCGCGGAGCCUGCAGCGGAUGCGGAUCCAGCAGGCGUUGCCGCAGAACCCUCCGAUGCGCCAGGUCCUGGUGCCGUGGAUCCCAGCAGCCAGCCUGAAAAGAGCGAGGUGAAAGAGGGUGCAGCCGAAGGGGCAGUGCCAACAGAAGGAGCUGGAGGAGCUGAGAAAGCUGAGAAAGCUGAGGCAAGCCCAGAGGCCAAUGGCUUUGACGGAUUUAUGCACUUGCUCGAUCCGGGUGUGGUUGACAACCGACAGACCAUCAGUGCAUUCUGGACCAAGUGUGGACAGGAUGUGGUAAACUCCAGGCUUCAGGAAGAAAGCUCGUCAGCCGAGGUCACAGGCGCCAGCAGAGGCAUUGGGAAGGCGGAGCUCGGACCAUGCGACAGCUCUACCGAGAAGACAUGCAAGUUUCUGGUCACAGGCCGGCGCAAGGAUGCAGUGGAAGCAACAGCAGCGCUGGCCACACGAGCCGGCGGCGAAGGUGUGGCUGUGGUUUGCGACCAUGCGGUGGACGAGCAGGUCAAGAACGCAUUUGCUCAGAUACAAGCGCAGACAGGUGGCAAGCUGGACAUUCUGGUGAACAACGCCUUCCAGGAUCCUGCGCAGCGAGAUAUAAAAAGCGACGAACUUCUUGGUAAGGGCGCAAAAUUCUUCGAACUGCCUCUGCAAGUCUGGGACGAUGUGCACAGAGUUGGCCUUCGUUCCCAUUAUGUGGCCUCUUACUACGCGGCGCCCCUGCUGCUGAACGCUACCCGCGAUGACUGGCGACCACUGUUGUGUGUGACAUCUGCCCCUGCUGCGGUCACGUACUACUAUGCCACAGCGUACGGCGUAGCAAAGGCCGGCAGUGACCGGCUAGUCCGUGAUCUGCAGGUGGAGCUGGGACCACUCGGCAUCGACUGUGUGAGUAUCUGGCCUGGAGUGGUCUAUACUGAGUUUGUCCAGUCCUUGUAUGAGAAGGGCGAUGUAGAGCGGAUCAACCGUGUGACAGGUGGCCGUGAUCCCAAUGUGGUUUGCGAAAGCCCUCUCCUCACUGGUCGUGUGAUUACGCGGCUUGCAGAGGAUCCUAUGAUCCGCAAGCCGCCGCUGCUCAGUUCUGGAGGCCUGACAAGUCGUGUCUGCGUGGUGGCUGAGGGCGCUCGGGAUCUUGGUAUUCGUGAUGGUGGCGUGCCAGGCACCGUUGCAGCUGAGCUGUAUGGUCCAGACAGGGAGCCAGCUGCCUCCAUCCGUUCGCUGGGCUACCUGCUGCCGGCCUUCCUGCCGGAUAAGCUGCCCCCAAGCCUGCGUUGGUUGGUGGAGCCUGGUGGGCCCUUGGCCAGCAAGGACGUCCGGGUGCCGUUCGAGCUCAUGGCACAAGAUCCCCGCACAGAGGAUCCACGCAAGCAGGACUUGAAGGACUUUGCCAAGGUGCUGACCAACACCGUGUCGGUUCCGGACUGA